AUGGCGAGAACGAAACAGACUGCACGGAAGUCCACGGGCGGUAAAGCUCCCCGCAAGCAGCUGGCCACGAAGGCAGCCCGCAAGAGCGCUCCGGCGACGGGUGGCGUGAAGAAGCCGCACCGGUACCGGCCGGGCACAGUGGCGCUGCGGGAGAUCCGGCGCUACCAGAAAUCGACCGAGCUGCUCAUCCGGAAGUUGCCCUUCCAGCGCCUGGUCCGUGAAAUCGCGCAGGACUUUAAGACAGACCUGCGCUUCCAGAUAUCGGCAGUGGUGGCUUUGCAAGAAGGGAGCGAGGCUUACCUGGUGGGGUUGUUCGAGGACACGAACUUGUGUGCCAUCCACGCCAAGCGGGUUACAGUAAUGCCAAAGGACAUUCACUUGGCGCGGCGCAUUCGCGGGGAGCGCGCCUGAAUUUCUGAGGUCGAUGUUUGAAAAACCCAAAGGCUCUUUUAAGAGCCGCCGAACUCUUGAGGCGAAAGUUGCUGUAAUACGGAGUUGAUCAAUCUUGCCGCUGGUUAUCAUUCUAAUCGAAAGUGUAAACUUUCUCAACCU